UUGUAAUUAAAUAUAUAGUGUAUUGUGAAUUCACAUAGCGUGACUAUUACAUUUUAUAAACACUUAAGUUACUUAUAUCUGAACAAUAAUGAGUUUUGGUUUACCACCACUUGUCCCAAAACCUACUGUAAAUGAUCAGUUCAACAUUCGUGAUGACAAUUAUGGUAUACCCAAUCCAAUGAUUUCAGGGUUAUCAGCAACUAGACAACAUAUAGGCUAUGUACACCCAUUAGAAGCAUCUGAAAGGAGUUAUGAAAAAAAUCAUACUCGUAUGAACAUGGUAUUGUUAAGAAACACACAAGGAUUACAUGCUCCAAUGCGUAUAGCAAUGGAAUUGAAAGCUACUGAAAAAAUUGGGAGACUUCCAUUCCUUUCAUCGUCAAACUGCAUGAAAGAUGUGUUGCUAGGAAAAGAUGAGGAAAUAGGGUUUGAAGAUAUAUUAAAUAUACCUGAAUUCAGAGAAGAAAUGGGUCAGCCUCAUGCUGUUGUUGAGAAAAGUCUUGGAAUACUAUAA